AAAAAGAAUAUCUAAGGAGCAAAACACCACCCUCUCUCGAGGGUGUAGCCACCCCGGAUGGGGUUUCUCUAAGUCCGCCCGCCCGCGGUAUUUUUCAAUCCGUCAUCUUAACCGGCCACUCUCAGCCUCACGCACCAACUGCAUACAUCCUCUUUACCAGGCUUCCAAGCCUCUCUACGAACCAGGCCGCCCGAAGUCGGUUCCCUCACUUUUUAACACCGAAAGGUCGAGUCGAGAAUCGAACCCGAGACCAACUGCAAGACCCCAGGUGAGUUUUGUCGACGGUAGUAAAA